GUGGACGCGAGACUCCCUAGAGAGAUGGGGCGGGGCAGGGCUCCCGCGCGCAGUCCGCCAACGGCGCGCAGUCCAACGUUCGCCGAGGCCACGCCCCGGCUCGUGUCAGCUCCUGAGUAGGCGGAAAGAGGGAGGGGGCGGGACUUGGGCGCAGCCAAUCAGCUGUGGAGGAGCGAAAAGGCGGGAAAAAGCGGAACCAAAAGAAGGCUGAGCAGCCAAGCCCAGAGCCGGCCUGAAGCCCCCGGACGGCAGUGCCCAGCAGGCAGCGCCCAGCACCCUGGCUCCCACCUCCCAGUGGCCCCAAAGGAAAACAGCUGCCAUGCACAUCCCCAAAAGCCUCCAGGAGCUGGCCAACAGCGAAGCCGUGCAGUUUCUGAGAAGGCCCAAGACCAUCACGCGGGUCUUCGAAGGGGUCUUCUCCCUGAUCGUCUUCUCCUCCCUGCUGACCGACGGCUACCAGAACAAGAUGGAGUCUCCGCAGCUCCACUGCAUUCUCAACAGCAACAGCGUGGCCUGCAGCUUUGCCGUGGGAGCCGGCUUCCUGGCCUUCCUCAGCUGCCUGGCCUUCCUCUUCCUGGACACACAGGAGACCCGCAUUGCCGGCACCCGCUUCAAGACAGCCUUCCAGCUCCUGGACUUCAUCCUGGCUGUUCUCUGGGCAGUUGUCUGGUUCAUGGGUUUCUGCUUCCUGGCCAACCAAUGGCAGCAUUCGCCGCCCAAAGAGUUCCUCCUGGGAAGCAGCACUGCCCAGGCGGCCAUCGCCUUCACCUUCUUCUCCAUCCUUGUCUGGAUAUUCCAGGCCUACCUGGCAUUCCAGGACCUCCGAAAUGAUGCUCCAGUCCCUUACAAGCGCUCCCUGGAUGAGGGCAGCAUGGUGCUGACCACCCUCCCCUUGCCCUCUGCCACCAGCCCUGUGAACAUGCCCACCACUGGCCCCAACAGACUGAGUUAUGCCAGCUCUGCCCUGUCCCCCUGUCUGACCGCUCCAAAGGCCCCCCGGCUCGCUAUGAUGCCUGACAACUAAAUAUCCUUAUCCAAAUCAAUAAAGAGAGAAUCCUCCCUCUAGAAGGGUUUCUAAAAACA